AUGUCGGCAAAAGCCAUCCGUUCAAGCAUACAGGAACCGGUCUCUAUCCACCCAUCAACGAAAGAGGAACUGUUAUCUCUUACUGUCCAACAUGAACACGACCACGAACACCAUCAUCAUCACCAGCACCAACGCACAGACUCAGACUCGGACUCGAUCGAUUUGGUUGAAACCGACGACCUUGGUACUCGUCGAAUCAACUUCCCUAAGAUUGUUCGAGCGAUCCAAUGGGUGUUCAACGGGCCCAAGAGAGAUGGGGCCCGCAAGGUCACGACGAACGAUUCCACGUGGACGUCAGACAAGGACCAGGACAGUGACGUUUCUUCACAGGAGAUCCGUACUGACAAGCACAGGAGGAAGAAACGACGUCAGUCGGCAAAGUCGUUGCCGGCUAUCCUACCGCGACCCACGAUCAGCAAAACGAGACUGAAGGUAUUUGUUGGUACCUGGAACAUGAUGGGGCAGAUGCCUAAUAUUCGGGAUGGGUUGACGGGGUUUCUGGAUAUUGAUCGACAGCAGGAGCAUCAGCACCAGCACCAGCAAUCGUUACUAGAUCCCAGUUUGAGGUCAAGUCCGAGCCCGAUUCCCAGCUCAACCCCAAGUUCCAACCCAAGCUCCAAUCCGCCAAACUUGGAGAAACCAUUACCUCAACCACCUCAUCCUGCAACAUACCCGCUGGAGCAAGUUUUGAUGAGUUCAGGAUUGCUUGCUCCAGGACCAACCAACUCAACUGCCCACUCGAACCGAUCAGCGACAGAAUCUACCACCAAAAACACACUUACACCACCACCCCCACAACAGUCCGUUGUCGACUCUGACGCCCCAGCACCGCACAAGUCUCAAAAAAGACGAGCAAACGACCUACUGAACAGAAUCCGACAUCCGCACCAUGCUUCCCGUACGGACCUGUCUUCAACACCCUCUUCCAGCGGCAAUCAGCGACGAGUACCCGAUAUCACAUCAGCCUCUGGAUCUGCACCUGGGAUCUUGAAGGCACCGUUCUUGGAGAUGAACACAAAGGCGCCAUACCAUAUUAUUGCCAUCAACACUCAGGAAUGUGAACGGGAGAUUCGCGAGGCGGUGCUGUUUCCGUCCAAGAACACGUGGGAGAAACACCUCCAGACAUCAUUAGGACCGGACUAUGUCAUGAUCAAGACCGAGACCAUGGCGGCACUUCACAUCGCCGUCUUUAUCUGGAAACCCAUCGAGGACCUCGUCAGUGGUAACAUAUUCAACUUGAUUUUUGUCACGUUCUUGGUUGGCUCGGUUGACUCGUCAACGGUGGCAACUGGAAUCGGAGGAAUUGUAGGAAACAAAGGGGCUGUCGCCAUCUCUGUCUACCUCGGAAGUACAUCCUUGUUGAUCAUCCAAGAAUUGCACCUGAAUGAGGCACCUAAACGACAGGCGCGAGGAUGGCAUUUCAAGGGCGACAUGAAGCUUCGACGACAUUACAAUUACCCUCCCGUCUACCUUCCCAAACCUGGCAUCAAAAACAACAAUGGCAAGGCGAAGGCGAGUAGUACCACCAACUUGCUUGAUCCGAAUCGAUCACCAGUAGCAAAGGCUUCAUCGUCUAGUGCUAUCAGCCUUGUACAUCCACAACAGCUUCAGGCCAAAGGUCCGCAGCCUCCACAACAGGAACCUUACCCGGAUGUGACGGAUCAGUUUGAUUAUACGUUUUGGGCAGGAGAUUUGAACUAUCGCGUGGAUUUAUCUCGAGAGAAGGCGGAUGAAUGUCUCCAGAAAGGCGAUCUCGAGACGAUGCUGGCGCAUGACCAGCUUUCGAUCCAAAAGACCGCGGGAGCAAUCUUUGACGGGUUCAUGGAGGCACCGAUCAAAUUCAAACCGACCUACAAAGCUAUCCAUUCUGUCCGCCGUCGUCGGUCGGCUGCCUUAGAUGCCAUUCAGACUACAGGCAACAGUCUGCAUCAACGGGUCCCUUCGGAUGAUGUGGUGUUGAGUGGUGGGCAUGCUCAGGAUGCUGUGAUGAGGCAACAGAGCCCGUUAUCAGCUACUAGUCUCCCUGAUGAAUCGAUUUUUGGUGACCAAGGCCGGAGGGAUAGUGGUGAUGAUGAGAUGGUGGCCCGACCUGUGCGGGUUCAGACUCUGGAGUUGGAUCAGGCGCUUCAGGAUAAGCUCUUCUCAGACGCUGCUACUGCCAGGAAUGGUCCAAACGCGGUAGGCGGUCAAAAUGGACACCUUGCAAAGGAGCAGCAGCAACCGCUGACACUGGAGCAGAAACGGCAGAGGCUGCUGCAGAUGGUGCGAUACGACUCGAGUAGCAAGCAGAGAGUCCCUUCUUGGACGGACCGGAUUCUGUGGAAGGCGACGGGGGGAAACUUUUAUUUACCGAUCGAGAUUGGGGAUGAUACCCGGAGUGAGAACGGGAAUAGUAGGGGGUGGAGUCUUUUGAGGAAGACGCGGUCGCGCGCCAUUGCGGAUGGGGCGACAGGAUCGUCGCCCAGGACCCCGGGAGGAGCUGCAGUCGGUGAUGAAGACAAUAGUGGUGGAGUUGGAGGAGGACCGACGUCACCGAAUGGGUUCAUGAUGAAGUUGGGAAUGAAGAAGACCAAGGACUCUUCUGCUGCGCCUGAAGGAGGCGGGAAGAUGAGUCUGUUGGAAAGUUUGCGGAUGGAAUUCCAUUCCGCUACGUCUCGCUCGUCACGUCGCGGUGGGAACGAAGAAGGCACCUCCAAGUCUUUAUCACAACAUGCAGCAGCACCACAGUCGCCAGCACCACCAUUGAUGUCGGAGGAUGACGAGAACCGGGCGGCGGUGCUUGUGAAACAGUAUACGGCACAUCACGAUAUCGGAUUGUUCUCGGAUCAUCGGCCUGUUACGGCGGUGUUUGCGGUGCGGUUUGAUUGGAAGUUGACGGAUCGGGGUGGUGUUAUUGGGAAUGGUAAUGGGGUGGGGAAUGGGCUUUUCUUGACAAAGUCUCAUCGGACGGCGGGGGAGCGGUGGGGUCCGCUGGAUAAAGUUCUUGAGAGGAUCAUCAACGACCGACUCGGCGAUACCCACAUCCACUCAUCCUCCGCCUCCACAACCACCACAACAAUAUCAACAGCGGAGGCAUUGGACUCUGAAGCAAAACGGCUCCGGACCGCGAACGCGACUGAGGACGAUAACCGACGUGGUAAACGGAUGAUGGGGAUGAUCCUUGGGACGUUGACCCAGUUUAAGCGGCAGGCGAGGACAGUUGUCCCUAGGGUUGCUGUGCCCCCGGUUAAUAACGUGAAUGCGACGGCUGUUGUUGGGAAGACUGAUGUGGUGGAAAGUAGGAGUGGUCCUAGGGCAUCAUCGACUGCGACAGCAACGGUAUCGACAGCGGCUACGGCAGCGACGGAGACUGUUACUACUACUACCACAACGGCUGCUGUUAGCAGGAGAGACGAUAAUAGAGCUGGAAGAGACGUCGAUACAAGAGCUGGAAGAGACAUCGAUACUAGAGCUGGAAGAGAUGUCGAUACUAGAGCUGGAAGAGACGCCGAUAGUAGAGGUGCUAGUGACAGUGACAUCAGAGGUAUCAGGGACAUCGAUAGCAGAGGUGCCAAGGACGUCGGCAGCAGAAGUGUCAGGGACAGCGACAGCAGAAAGGAUGGCGGCAGCAGACGUGGAAGAGAUGACGGCAACGCACGAAUCCCCAGCGCUCCGGCAUUGGACGUACGAAGACUCAGCGAACCAGAAUUAGAUAUUGCACCGCCAACAGCUCCAGCUGCGGAUUUGGGCAGGGCGAGUCGAGAGGCGGUUCAGGAACGUGUCCGAGAAAAGUUGAGAAUGGAGAAGGAGGCCAAUGAAGACCGGCUCCGCAAGGAGAGAGCUGAUAGGGAGGCGAGAUUAAGGGAGACACUCUUGAAACAGAUCGCUGGACGAUCGAGUGUCCCGGGACGCAGGAGGACUGCAGUGGGUGCACCAGCAGCGGCAACGACGGGACCGUCAUCACCAACACCACCAGUGCACCUAUCACGACGAUCGCGGGAUGCGAGAUACGAAAACGGAUACCUUAUGACAGAGACCAAGCCUCGGUUGAGGUAUAUGCCCAAGGUCAUGAACGAGGCGACACGGGAGAAGUUCGAUCGCCAGGUAGAAGAUAACUCGGAUCAAAGAGCUAUCCCUAAGCGUGGUGCCCCUCCACCUCCUAGGAGGGAGGAUGCGGAUAUGUCGUCGUCAAAGUCUCGGACACCAACAGCGCCUGCAGUAAUAGCAACGGCGACAGCAGUAGGAAAAGUGGAUUUCCAUAUGCAGGAAGAUCGUUAUGGGGAGGAGGAUGGUGAACCAUCUGCGGAAGCGGUUGCGAAGGCCGAGGCUGAGGCUGAACGUGAGCUGGAUGCUGGUAUGGAUCUAGGCCUGGAAGGGUCUGCUAAUGAUGAUUUUAGGAGAAGAGAAGUUCCAACGGAUUCGACACGGGAAGAGGCGCAAAACUCGGAGGCUUCCGGGUCCUCGUCGGUGACUGUGUCUGGAUCCCCGGCGACUGUACGAGAUGGGGCUGAGGAUGUUGCCAUGGAAGAAUAA